UCCUCGUAUUAGCUUCGAGCACUGGAGUGACGUAAACAACAUGGCGCAACACAAGAGCAGAAAUCAUCGUGAAAGUGCGACGUUUUAGUGUGCUUCUGUGACUUGACGUAAAGAGUAUGAGUGCGUGUCUUUGAGGCCGAGACGAGACGUUUGAACCGAGAAAUCAUGGAGGAGGAGGACAGCGGCCUCGGGUACAAGCCCCAGAAACAGGUCAUUUACAACAAGCUGCUGCCUUAUUCUGAGGAAAUUCGAGAGGAAAUUAUUGAGCAGUUCAGCAACAUUAAGAUAAAUUUGGCCAAAGCUGUGGUAUUGCGAGAUAUAAGGCCGGGAUGUGUCCAUUGGGUCGCCAAGCUGUCCAGAAGUUUUGAAUGCGUCAUCAAGAGCAUGAUUCGCGUGUGCCGGACAUACUUCCCACCAGGAGCAACAUCUGAGAUCCUGGAGCAAGUGCGUCCCAUGAUAUGUCCCUUCGACAUGACAAUGCAGAGGGCCAUGAUGUAUUUGGAACUCUUCCUUCCCACUUCUGUGGAGCCGCACCAAGCAGACAUCAGCUGGAAACUGUGGAAGGAUGAGAUGUUAGGUAUCUGGAAUGCUUGCCACAACAGCCACUUCUCGUUUUGGGAGAACGGCAUGUUCUGGCUGUUCGCAAGACUUGCGUGGCACAAUAUCGGUUAUGUUGAAUGGGAAGAACACCUAUCAAUGGUUUUCACAAAGGUGCUGAGGUCUUUCCACUUACCUGUGACGUACAAGAAAACACACGUUGGCAGAGGUGAUGGACUGGAUCGGUUCGCUUCUUCCAUGUUCAUUGUUGCAAAUUUGGGAGGAGGCAGCAAAACCCAGCAGCAUUUAGAACGACUAUUUAAAUCUCUAGAAUCGUACUACCAUCCUUCCAACUCAGGGCCCUGGACCCGCCACCUGCACGAGUUCCUCAACAAACUCACUCUGCUCUUCAUCAGAAGAUUACAUCGGGAGCGUUAUAUGAAGCCAUCGUGGGAACUAGGAGUUGAGCCAAAGAAAAAAUUAACAGAAGAGGAAAUUACAGCCUUUGUACGAUGUGUACAGACACCUGCAAUGUUGGCAAUGUUCUCUCACACCGGGACACAUGAUGCUGGUGUUGUAUUCCAUCGUCUCUCUCUCCUGCGACCUGAAAUCGUCAUACCACCACUACUAGAGCAGUUGUACUCCUCGCUGGAAACCACUACUGAGCCCCAUCGAUUGACAGCAUCCCUAGAGUGUGUAGUGUGUGUGGCUCGGGCCAUGGUCAAGGGUGGCAAGUAUUAUCCAGAGGGACAGAGGCAUGUCAUCCCACUGCUGCUUCAGACUCUGCCUGGAAUUGACCCAAAUGACAUAAAGAAAUGUAUGGUAACAUUCCAGUUUAUUUACACCUUGGUGACACUCGUGCCUUUUGUUGACUGCUCAAGUGCCAUCGAUGAGGCCAGUGACCUGACAGAAAUAGAACAAGAAGUAUGUCUGCAGACAGCCAGCUUUGAGGAUUUUGUCCUUCAGUUCAUGGACCGUUGCUUUGUACUGAUUGAAAAUUCUGCAUUGGAACAAAUAACGCAACUCGACCGUGAAACCGAGAAGAUGAACAGAGAGGAGAAUAUGCUAGAAAUGGGGCUUUCCUCAACAUUUUCAGCAAUUCUCACCCAAGCUCAUCCAAGUAUAUACCAGGCAGCACUUCAGCGACUUCAGUCUUUCAUCAAAGGCAAGAUGAUAGAGAUUCACGUUGCUGGAAAGUUUGCAGCAAAUAUGUGUCGGUCAGCUGUGAAGGUCAACCCACAAGAGGCUUUGAAAGUGUUUGUUCCUGGUGUGUGUCGCCUCCUGAUCACCUUGACCAGCAAUGAGGAAAUUCAGAAAGAGGAGAACCUUGAUGAUGAGCUAUUGUUUAAUCUACUGCUCCUGUCAGAGCUUGUGAGAUGCAGUGGCAUGCACCUGGUAGAAUAUGUUCCUCAGAUAACUCAAGUCUUGACCUUGACAUUGCACCUGAAAAGCAGAGAAGGGUACCAUCUUUCUGGCUCCAUUCUGAGAUAUUUGCUCAAGUACCUGGGCAUCACCAUCCCUUCAGAGUACCGGUCCAUGCCUCAUAAGUGGGAUGUGCCACUGAGUGAAUUUCUCCCAAUAAGGCAUUGGGGAGAAGCUGGGGACAUUCACAACUUGGGGUUGAACUGGAUCGAACCAGGAGAACCCGAGGAGAAGGCGAUGACUACACUUGUUCGCACCUUCCUUGUACCGGAACUUGUGCUUCUCAGACAGGUGGCCAAGGGUGAAAAGGAGGUUGCAAGGGAAGUUCUGCAUCAGAGUCUUAGCAUUGUGCUGGACAUCCUCCUGGGAGCUGGAGUAGCGUUACCCCAUUGGGAGGAAGAGCCUCUCACACUGGUGGAGAUGGCUGUGAAAAAGGACAACAGCAAGUUCAUCACUGGGGAGCGUGUGCUUCGUGUGGAGCUUGAUACCGAAGAUCUACCCACCAAUGUCCGCAAGGCUGUGGCUGAUGUAAUUCUAGAAUUAGUGGACAGACUACUCACCCAAGUACCUGAUGAUACAAAAUCACUCAGCCGUGCCAUAAAUGUUUCUUCCUUAUCUGUGCCAGCUGGAGAGUGUGGACAAUGAUCCUGAACUUCGUGGUAAUUGUGUAGCUACCUUGGCCAUCAUCAGCCAGUCUAUGGUUCUUCCGCAUCGUAUCACAGCCUUCAUGGAAGCCAUCGCGCAAGUUGCUCACAGCAGCUGGUGGCGUGCCCGUGCUGCUGUGCUGUCAUUGCUUCAAGUGGCUGUGUUUACCAAUAUGUUUACCAUCCUCAAUAAUGAAGAGGCAACUUUGCAAAUACCUAAACUGGUUGUGGAUCUGCUGGCUGACGUGAGGCUGGAGGUGCGGCAGAUGGCUUCCACCGUUCUCAGUGGCCUAAUCCACUGUAAAUUUAUUCAGGCUGAAGAUAAGCUUUUGGGUGAGUUCACAUCCAGGCUACAGAGUGGCCAGAAGAGGAAGAGAAGACGAAAAGAGCCAUUGUCGCCCCAGCAGGUUCUCGAGCUGCAUGCUGGCAUUCUUGGACUUUGUGCGUAUGUGAGUGCUUUCCCAUACGAUGUCCCUGAUAUGAUGCCAGAGGUGUUGGUCACCUUGAGCGAACAUCUCAAUGAUCCACACCCAAUACCGGCUACCAUCAAGAAGACUUUGAGCAACUUCCGCCGCACCCAUCAUGACAACUGGCGUGACCACAAACAGAAAUUCACGGAGGACCAGCUGGUGGUGCUGACAGACUUAUUACUCUCACCUUCAUACUAUGCAUAAUUUGACUGAAAUAUAGGAAAAGAAUCCAUUGUUACCAUUUGUGAGUUUUGUAUUGUUUUCAAGUACAAGUAACCACAUGUAUGUAAAGUAGGGAGAGAGUACGUCAUAGAAAUUUUCAUCGUAUCUCAAUUUUUAUUUAUUGGUCAGCAGAAAAGAUGUGCUUAAGAAUUUGGGGAAGUGGUUUAAAAUUCUUGUGAAUGCGACACGUACAUUGAAAGCAUGAAUGUGUUGUGAGAAUGGAAAUCACUUGGAUUUAAUCAGCAUUAUUAAAGCCAAUCAAGUCACUCAUAUAUCAUUUGGAACUAGUCAGUAAUGACUGCUUAUUAGAUCUGCUCAGAAAGGUGACAGUUAUUGUGAGUUUACAUUAUCCUCUCUCGUUUUCUUCUCUGCUUACAUGGCUUAAGUUGAAUGAUUUAAACAAGGCUGUGUUGAUGGUAAGGCUAUAUAAUGGAAUUGUUUAUCUACACAUUUGUUAGAAUGUGGCAUGGAAUGAUUGAAAAGGAAAGUAGUUUAUUGUACUGAGGUUUAAUAUAAGUAACAUUAUAGCAUCUUUAAUUUUAGCUGGAUGAUAGCCUUUGUUGAGUGGUUUUAUGCUGAAAGAAAUGAUGCAGGAGUACAUGUUUGUUUUCAUAUUUUUAGUAUUUGUUUCAUACCAUUUGGACAGUUUGAAAAGUGAUGAUCUUCAGUUAACUUUGUACUGUUAAUACUUCAAUACAAAAAUAUCCAUCAUUGAAUAUUGUAUAUUCUACCUAUCUCUUGCACAGGGGUCUUCCUCUCUUGCUCCAAAUCACUUCAGGAGUGUUUGAACUAUUCCAGAUAUCAUACUUAAGCAUGGUUAUUUUUAUGAAAGCCAAGCAGGGAUUGAAUUUACUGGUUCUUGGAUUUAAGAGUUAGGAUUGGAGUAAGGUGUUUCUGUGCUGAUCUGGUACUACUAAAGAACUUGUAUAUCGCAGUAUGGGAUCUGGUGUGGGAUAAUAGGGAUUGACUGACCAUGUUCAUUAUGUAAUAUUAUCCUCAUAGGACAUUGUAAAGUUGCACGUAAAAGCCAGACUAGGCUCACAAAUUAGGUAUGCACAUUAAAACUAUUUCUCCAUCUGGCUGCUCCUUAAUCUCUAAAGAAAGGGCGUGUUCAGAGGUCUUUACAAACAUCCUAAUACAACCUAUGGAUAAGGAUUUUGUUUGUCAGAUGAUAUUCUGUAUACAAAAUCCUUUUCUUUUUUAUUCUGUAAAGUUUUCUAUUACUACCUUUGUACUUUCAUAGUAUUGAACUGCAUAUAAGGCUUGUCGUGCUCAAGCUACCGUCAGUGAUCCAGUGUAUAUUAAAGUUUGUAACACCAGUGUGAUGAGGAUGAGCUUGCUCUUGUUGAAGCAGUUUUGGAAGUUUUGGGAAUGAUAUUUGACUAAUUUUACUAAUGUUUGAUGUACAUUAUUGAUGCAAUGUUUCCUUUGGGAUGCCUUGUAUUUAUAUAAAUAAUGGCUAUUAUGUUUCACGGUCUUACAAGUACAGUGGGAUAGGUGACAAUAAAAAUGAGAGAAGGGUUUGUUUUUUCUGCUGUGAUGUGUACAUUAAUACAGUACAAUAGAGAUAGAAUUUUGUAUUGAAUUUCACCAUACUAUUCAGGCAUCCAUGUUUAUUUUAAUUACCAUAAUGCAUGCACAUUGUGAUCAAUAUGGUUAGCAUAUUGAAGAGAACCUUGUUCAUAUUGUACAGAGCAUUAAUGUUUGUUAUGCUUCUAUACAUUCUUAUACAAAAUGAAUGCAUUAUAUUGUUUUGGUUUCAUUAAUAUAAAGGAUUUUUUUAUAAUGAUUUCUUAUUUGAUUUUAUACUGUAAUGUUUCCCACUUAUAUAGUAGGUAAAACUUCUUCAGCCCCUGUAUCUUGGAUAUCAGCAAAGUAGAUUCUCUUAUGAUAGUUUAUUGUAUAUAAGUCUCAUUUUAAAGGCUCAAAUUAUGUAGAACUUUCCUGGGUUUCUUUAUUUCAAGAUUAUGGACACCCCUCCCAGUUAAGGUUUGGGUAAGAGGUUUCCUUCUCUGUGUAAACUGCUUACAGUCUGAAGGGGAGGUUGCCAAACUCGAUUAGGGGGUAUCAAAGUACCAAUAAAGCAAGAAAAGUCAACCUUUUGAUUUUUGUACACAUUCUGAGUAGAUGUAUAG